AUGGCGGCAGCUGCCGAGCUAGGGAACACACCUGAAACCAGAGGGACGGCUUACGUCGUGUACGAAGACAUCUUCGACGCUAAGAACGCCUGCGACCACCUGUCAGGCUUCAACGUUUGCAACCGUUACCUCGUGGUUCUCUACUACAACGCAAACCGAGCCUUCCAGAAGAUGGACACAAAGAAGAAAGAGGAGCAGCUGAAGCUUUUAAAAGAGAAAUAUGGCAUCAACACGGACCCCCCCAAGUAGAGACGUCCCCACCUGUCUUCUGUCUGCAGACAUCGUCUUCACCGGUUCAUGCUUCUAAUGUAACCCUUCUUACAGCAUCGGCUGGUAAUAUCAGAGCAGCUGGUUUUAGAUUUCUGUUGGGAUUUGAAGCUUCAGGGUUUGAUUCUGCCGCUUCCUUUGAGCAACAUGGUUUGAUUUGUUCCCUUUUUACUCGUGCUGAGAUAUAAAUACGCUCUGCUCAUGUAAAGGUUAUGGUUUCUGUAAAAUAAAAGCUGUUUUCUAAAA